UUCGAAUCCCCAUUUAUAUCAAACGUAGUAGGCAUCUUCAUACACUGGCAUGAGUAAGCGCUCAAAACCCAGCGGUUAAGAAAAAUACAGCGCCUCCUGAGGUGCACCUGGACGCUUCUCUACUCAACAACGUCCUCGUACGCUCUUCUUCCCGCCAGGAAUUGGUUCAACUCGAGCAUCUCUCUCGGUAUUCGUACCUGGCUGCCAUCACAAUGAACUCGACUGUUGUUCUACCCACCAUGGGUGCGCAGGAUACCACGUACUGGGGCUCAUUUGAGGAUAUCUCAAAGCACAAUGUCUCGCUCAACUACGGCGAGCGUCUAUGGGCCGCUUGGUACGCGUACAUGCAGAACGACGUCCUCGCCACGGGCAUCAUGUCAUUUGUCAUGCACGAGGCUGUCUACUUUGGUCGCUCGCUUCCGUGGAUUCUCGUCGACAUGAUGCCUUGGUUUAGGCGUUACAAAAUCCAGCAGAACAAGAUCCCGACUGCACAGGAACAAUGGCAGUGUGCCCUCCUCGUCCUCCUCUCCCACUUCACCGUCGAGCUCCCGCAGAUCUGGUUCUUUCACCCUAUGUGCCAAUUCUUUGGCCUCAGCAUCUCUGUUCCGUUCCCGAGUAUCUACAAUAUGGCGUUCCAGAUCGCCAUCUUUUUUGUUCUCGAGGAUGCGUGGCACUACUGGACCCACCGCGCUAUGCACUAUGGCUUCCUCUAUAAGCACAUUCACAAGAUCCACCACCAGUACUCUGCACCCUUCGGCCUGGCCGCCGUAUACGCCUCUCCCAUCGAGGUCAUGGUGCUUGGCUUCGGCACCGUCAGCGCGCCCAUUCUCUGGUGCGCCAUCACGGGCGACCUACACAUCUUGACCAUGUACCUCUGGAUCGUGCUCCGCCUGUUCCAGGCCAUCGACGCCCACAGCGGCUACGACUUCCCCUGGUCCCUGCACCACUUCGUCCCUUUCUGGGCCGGUGCCGAGCACCACGAUGUACACCACGAGCGCUUUAUUGGCAACUACGCGAGCAGCUUCAGGUGGUGGGACUACGUUCUUGACACUGAGGCUGGGCCCGAGGCGUCCAAGAGGCGCAGGGAGAGGAAGGUCGCCGCCAUAAAGAAGAAGCAGUAGGGGCGCAAAAGAGCUACCGUGGACUGUACAAGGCGGGUUUAGAAGGCAGUGUACAGUUUAUGAUGCUUUAUUUCGUUCGCGAGCUGUCGGCCGCGGUACGGACGGCGCUACACUAUUGGAGAUCAUAGGAUGGGAGCUGCGAUAGAAGGUUCACCUCGCCGACCUUGGCUGCUAGCAGCUUAUAGAAUACCCGAUCAUCUUGGUAAUGGAUUGGGGAUGUCGACUCGCGAUUGGACGUUACAUAAUUUCAUUCAUAUUGCGCUCGUUCGCAACGCAUCA